GUCCCGGGAUCCGGAACAGAGAUUUAAUCCUGUUCUCACCAUGAAUUAAUGUUUGGACCAUUUUUUUAAAAAUUUUUUGAGCGCGGUCGAUCAACCAGUCGUGAUCAUCGACGUGAGCUGAUCGGAUCAGAGCUAGUACAAACCUACUACAAGUAUUGCUACCGGUACUGAUCACACUCCUACGCUACCUACCUGCCAGUGUCACUACUACUCCUCACUAGCACGCUUGCAGAGGUUGCAGCUCCAGCGAGCAACAAGGAUCGAUCAGGUCCAUCCAUGGCGGCCCCCAGGAAGGUCCUCAUGCUCUGCGGCGACUACAUGGAGGACUUCGAGGCCGCCGUCCCGCUCUACGCCCUCUCCGCCCUCGGCAUCACCGUCGACUGCGCCGCGCCCGGCAAGCGCCCCGGCGACUCCUGCCUCACCGCCGUCCACGACUUCCUCGGCUUCGAGCUCUACACGGAGCUCACGGGCCACCGCUUCACGAUAACCGCCGACUUCGCGGCGGCGGCGGCGGACCCGUCUCGCUACGACGCGCUGGUCAUCCCGGGCGGGCGGUUCACGGAGCAGCUGAGCGCGGACGCGGCCGUCGUGGACCUCGUCGCGGCGUUCGCGGCGCUGCGGAGGCCUCUGGUGCUCACCUGCCACAGCCAGCUCCUGCUCGCCGCGGCCGGCGGGCUCAGCGGCGGCACGCGCUGCACGGCGUUCUUCAGCUUGCGCCCCGUCGUGGAGCUGGCGGGGGGCGCGUGGGUCGACCCGGAUCCCUUCGAGCUCUGCGUCGCCGACGGCCACGUGCUCUCCGCCAUCGGGUGGCCCGCGCACGCCCAGAUCCUCGCCAAGCUCCUCGACGCCUUGGGCGCCCACGUCGUCGCCGCCGACGCCGGGCGCGGUGGCCAGCGCGUCCUCAUCCUCUGCGCCGACUACGUCGACGACUACGAGGCGAACGUGCCGUUCCGGGCGCUGGCGGGCGUGGGCUGCCGUGUCGAAUCCGCGUGCCCGACCAAGCGCAAGGGCGAGACCGUCGUGACGGCGAUCUACGACGCCGCCGGCACGCCGGCGGUCACGGUGAGCGAGGAGAGGCGGGGCCACAACUUCGUGGUGACGGCGGACUGGGCGGACGCCAGCGCCGACGACUUCGACUGCGUCGUCAUCCCCGGCGGCCGCGCGCCGGAGCUGCUGGUGACGCACGACAGGGCGGUGGCGCUCGUGAAGGAGUUCGCGGACAAGGGCAAGGUGGUGGCCAGCAUCGGCCAUGGCCACCUGCUCCUCGCAGCGGCGGGGCUGCUCAGGGGCAGGAAGUGCGCCAGCGGGGUGCCCAUGCGGGUCGUCUCGAGGCUGGCGGGCGCCGAGGCCGUGGAGGCCGCGGCGGCCGUCGUUGAUGGGAGGCUCGUGACGGCGGCGAGCUGGACGGACCUCGCGCAGUUCGUGGCUCGCGUCAUUGACCUCCUCGGCAUCUCCGUCUCCUUCUGAAUGCCUGUUGUGUCUCUGCUCUUCAACUCUGGGAGCACUGAACACUCUGCUCUGAAUGUUUUGUUCUUAUUUCAUUGUUCAUGAGGUCUGAGAAUGGCACAAUAAGUUACAUCAGUCUUUUUUUUGUGUGCCACAAUAAAAUGCAUCUUUCUGAAUAAAGCGCAUCACCGAAUUUCGUAAGA